CGUACGCGGGAGGUCAUGUGACUUCAGCAUGGCGGUGUUUGCGGAUUUGGAUGUGCGGGCGGGUUCCGACCUGAAGGCUCUGCGCGGGGUAGUGGAGAACGCCGCUCACCUUGGCUAUUCAGUUGUUGCCAUCAAUCAUGUUGUUGACUUUAAGGAAAAGAAACAGGAAAUUGAAAAACCAGUAGCUGUUUCCGAACUCUUCACAACUUUGCCAAUAGUACAGGGAAAAUCAAGACCAAUUAAAAUUUUGACUAGACUGACUAUUAUUGUUACGGAUCCAUCUCACUGCAACGUUUUGAGAGCAACUUCUUCAAGAGUCCGGCUAUAUGAUAUUGUUGCAGUUUUUCCAAAGACAGAAAAACUUUUUCAUGUUGCUUGCACACAUUUAGAUGUGGAUUUGGUCUGCAUAACUGUAACAGAGAAACUACCAUUUUACUUCAAAAGGCCCCCUAUUAAUGUGGCAAUUGACCGAGGCUUGUGCUUUGAACUUGUCUAUAGCCCAGCCAUCAAAGACUCCACAAUGAGAAGAUACACAAUUUCCAAUGCCCUCAAUUUGAUGCAAGUUUGCAAAGGAAAGAAUGUAAUUAUAUCUAGUGCUGCAGAAAGGCCUUUAGAAAUAAGAGGACCAUAUGACGUGGCAAACUUAGGGUUGCUGUUUGGGCUGUCUGAAAGUGAUGCCAAGGCUGCAGUAUCCACCAACUGUAGAGCAGCACUUCUCCACGGGGAAACUAGAAAAACUGCCUUUGGAAUUAUUUCCACAGUGAAGAAACCUCGGCUGUCAGAAGGGGAUGAUGAUUCUCUUCCAGCUUGCAAGAAAGCCAAGUGUGAAGGCUGAAAAGAAUCCCCUAGUCUCCUCCAUUGGCACUCCCAUCGGCCCUUCUGUAGUUCAUCAGCCACAGCAAAAAUAAAACCUCUGUAUGAUUUAUUAUGCAUUUUACUAUUUCCAUUUGGAGCUAUCAGUCAAUACGGGCAUGACUUGUUUUAUUGCACUUAGAUUUAUUGUGCUUCACAGAUACUGCAUACUGCAUUUUUUUGCAAAUUGAAGAUGUGUGGUAACCUGCGUCAAACAAGUCUUUUUGGCACCAUUUUUCCAAGAGCGUGUGCUCACUUCUUGUCUCUGUAUCAUGUUUUAGUUAAGGUGUGUACAUUUUUUUAGGCAUAAUACUAUUGCAAAAUUAAUAGAUGACAGUAUCAGGUAAAUAAAACUUUUAUAUGCACUGGGAAACCAAAAAA